AUGGAAGAGAUUUCCGACAUCGUUCGAGAGACCGGCCGGCAGCAGACCGAAAAUUCAUACUACCGUACCUGCUACAAACUUCUCAAGCAGCUACAAGACUUAGUGGCCCAGGCAUCUGAUGAUCUGCUUUGUCUUCCGCAAUACAAAACCCUAUGUCGAGUAGGGGGGUCGUCAGGUUGUCAGGUUGUCAGGUGGUAUUUUACUAGUCGCUCCUAG